AUGCGAUUCUUGUCUCAACCCACACUUACUUCCAACAAUGCAUUACUCUCGUUCCUCUUUUCUUUUCGGAGCACUGUCGGAAGCAGCCGCUUCGCCCCUCCAAAGCCUUACAACUAUCCCUCCGGCUCUGUGGUGAAUGCCACUCAGUCCGGUGCAGCUUGUCCCCAGCAAAAGGACCCUAUUGCAGACUUUCCCAUCUUUGACAAUGUCACUUCGAUAUCUGAGGACUGUUUAACGCUGCGUGUCGACCGGCCACUCAACACGUCUUCCUCAGACCGUCUACCGGUUCUCGUCUGGAUCUACGGCGGCGGCGACACCAUCGGCCAAAUCUACGACUCUGCCUAUGAUCCAAGCCUCCUGGUCUACGGAGCCGCCCAGAAGGAUGUCCCCGUCAUCUACGUGGCUAUGAACUACCGUCUCGGCAUCUUCGGAUUCGCUUCAUCACCUGCGUUAAACGAAUCUGACUCGCUGAACGCCGGUCUGCUGGACCAGCGCUUAGCCCUAUGGUGGGUCCAAGACAACAUUGCCGCCUUCGGCGGCGACCCAGACCAGGUCACCAUCUUCGGCGAAAGUGACGGUGCAACAGGCGUCGGCCUGCAGCUAACAGCCUAUGGCGGCAAAGUGCCCAAAGUGCCCUUCCGUCGCGCAAUCAUGGAAUCAGGCGGCGCCAACGCCGACCCCGGAACCACCACCAACACCUCAAGCAAGCACACAGCCACCCUAACCAACCUGGUCAAUUGCACCGCGUCCUCCAGCAGAGAGGAGUUGGAAUGUCUGCGUCGUCUCCCAAUGAAGACCCUCCUCAACACGGCCUACUCCUACGAACUCUCCCUCAACUCAAUGGGCGGCAUGGGGGUCUUCAUCCCCACAGCCCCCUCAUCGUUCAUCCCCGAUGCCCCCUCGCAGCUUCUCCGAACCGGCCAAUUCGCCCGCAACAUCGACCUCAUCUCCGGAUGGUGCGAAAACGACGGCGCUUUUUUCACUUCCACGACUCUGAACUCCUCAUCCGACAUCGCCGCCUUCCUCCAGGACAGCUACCCCAACCUCUCCAAUGCUACCAUCGCUAAAGCCCUGGACCUCUAUCCCGUUUCAAACUUCUCCCCGGACCCAUCUGCAAACAUCUCCGCGCAUUACUUCCGCGCUAGCCAGAUGCAUCGCGAUUUCGACUUCACCUGUCCCAGUCUCCUGACCAUCCAGACGAACAUUAAGUACGCCACUAACCCCGCCAACGUCUCGAACUACCUCUACGCACUUAACCAAACGGCCUUUGCGGAGGUGUUUGAGUCCUCGGGCAUGACGUACUACGGUGUUCCGCACUUCAGUGAUAUCAUGUAUCUAUUUAACUCAGUUACGGGUGGUUUGUUCAAGGAUAUCUCUACGGCAUCGGACCGGAAGCUUGCGUCGGAGAUGGGUGCUAGCUGGGCUUCGUUUGCGUACUAUGGCAAUCCGAGCCGUGCUAGGGGCAGUGUUAAGGGAUGGGGGCAGGCGUAUGCGGCGAAUACUAGUUCCACUACGCCGGAGUUGCAGGUCUUGGGUGGUCCGAAGAUGAGAUUCACUGGGAGUGGUAAGGGGGGUGCGUAUGGUGAGGAUUUAGUGAAGAGGUGCGCGUUUUGGAAUGAUCCUGUUGUGGCGAGUCAGUUGGGGGUGUAGAUUAUGUUGGUGAUGAGUAGAAGCGUGGGUGCAUGCUGCCCUUUAUUUAUUUAUGAGAUGGAUAUGAGUUAUGCAUUAUGGAC